ACAGACACAUUCAGGGGACACCUUAGACUUAUAUUACAUCUUUUGAAAACACUUUCUACGGCACCUUUAAGGUUGAGUCAGUAUUGCAGGUCGGGAUAUUCAAACAGUGUUUACUCUUUUUGUAGGAAUCAGCCGAUAAACAUCUUUCUUGUCGCUGUUUUACCUAAAAUUACAUACUUCUUCAAAGAGCUUGACUAUGUUUUUAACCCCUCUGAUAUCCUUCAAAAGAUCUUUUAACAGCUUUCAAUUUAGCAUUUGUUGGUUUUGUGUUUAGCACUGAAAGUGUGUUGAGCGCAUGUGUGCACAGGUGCGCGAAACGUGCCACAGACGUUAUGCUCCACAGCAGUGGAGCAAGAGCGCGAUACGCUGGAAAAGAAAGAGAGCGAGGGAGAUAAAGGGAGAGAGAGAUCGCUUUAAACAGACGUGGACGGCUGCCUGCUGCUCAUUCCCCUCAGAGCUGUAGCGCAGAUGAAGCAUCACUGCUGAGCUCACCAAAAAACAGAUCUAAAGAGAGAGAAAAGCAGGACAGAGGCUCAUUAGUGAGAAUUCAUUAUCAGAGUGAAUGCGUGUGUGUUUGAGAGAGUGUAAGAAAAGAGGAAGACCUCAGAAGAGAGAAAAGAAGUGGAUUUAUGCUGUCCAGUCUUGACAUCCCUCCUUUCCUCCUCCUCCUCCUCCUCUCCUCCCCCCCUUCAGCAGGCGGGAUUUUUGUGGCUGACCAUGCAAGGAUCCUCUCAGUGCUGCGGGAAUCUCCUCUCCUCCUCCGGACAGUUCUGCGGCUCUCGCUCAGUGGCUCGUUGACCCCAGCGUGACUUUGAUGGUUGUCUUUUUCACGAGGGAGAAGGAGCAACUCAACUUUUGAACUGUGUGGACGUCUCCUUUUUCCUUGUGCUCAAUAAUUGAUGCCGUUUCUCUGCUGCUGCUUGGACUGGAUCAGGAAGGAAAGUCAGGACUGUGACCCCCGCAUGAUCCCUCAUUGUGUCCUCUCUGUGUUGUAGACUGCAUCUUCUUCGUCCUCCUCCUCAUCCAGCAUGCAGGUCUCUAUCGCUUGCACAGACCACAAUCUGAAGGGUCGGAAUGGGGACCACGGAAAAACGAACGCCACCAGCCCCAACGUGGUCAACGCGGCACGGGCGAAGUUCCGCACGGUCGCCAUCAUCGCCCGGAGCUUUGGCUCUUUUACCCCACGCCACCACAUCUCCCUCAAAGAGUCCACCGGCAAGCUCACCGGCAUGAAGUACCGGAACCUUGGGAAAUCUGGAUUGAGAGUAUCAUGCCUUGGUCUGGGCACUUGGGUGACAUUUGGAGGGCAGAUUUCAGAUGAAGUGGCGGAGCAGCUGAUGACUAUAGCGUAUGAGAGUGGGGUGAACCUUUUUGACACCGCAGAGGUGUAUGCUGCUGGAAAAGCUGAAGUCAUACUGGGAAACAUCAUCAAAAAGAAGGGCUGGAGGCGAUCCAGUCUGGUUAUUACCACAAAGCUCUACUGGGGUGGAAAAGCCGAGACUGAACGAGGCCUUUCUAGGAAACACAUUAUUGAAGGUCUCAAGGGCUCCUUGCAGAGAAUGCAGCUGGAAUAUGUAGACGUGGUCUUCGCCAACCGGCCCGACAGCAACACACCGAUGGAGGAGAUUGUCAGAGCCAUGACCUACGUGAUAAACCAGGGCAUGUCCAUGUACUGGGGGACCUCACGAUGGACAGCUAUGGAAAUAAUGGAGGCGUACUCUGUAGCGCGGCAGUUUAACCUGAUUCCUCCAGUGUGUGAGCAGGCUGAGUAUCAUCUCUUCCAGAGGGAGAAGGUCGAGGUGCAGCUGCCUGAGCUCUAUCAUAAGAUAGGUGUGGGCGCCAUGACAUGGUCUCCUUUGGCCUGUGGGAUCAUCACUGGAAAGUAUGAAAAUGGUAUCCCAGAAUCCUCUAGGGCAGCUAUGAAGUCGUACCAGUGGCUGAAAGACAAGAUAGUCAGUGAGGAUGGACGAAAGCAGCAGGCGAAGCUGAAAGAACUUGGUCAUAUCGCUGAAAAGCUUGGCUGCACCUUGCCUCAGCUCGCCGUAGCCUGGUGUCUGCGGAACGAGGGAGUGAGUUCAGUACUAUUAGGAACCUCAAAUGCAGAGCAGCUGACUGAAAACCUGGGAGCCAUACAGGUACUUCCAAAGAUGACAUCCCAUGUAGUCUCAGACAUUGAUCAUAUACUUGGGAACAGGCCAUACAGUAAGAAGGACUACCGGUCCUAGGGGCUCCGGACACACGCUCGGGGUGAAGGGAGAUGUGUGUGUAGCAGUGUUCGUGCCCUAGUGGUUCCUGCUCCAAAUCUGUUUCCAUCGUCGGUCUGACCUCUCUCUGAAGCCUUAGAGUGCUGUCCUCCAUAACCUGUACCUGCAUCCCCUCAGUUUCUGCUGGUGUGCCUUCGCACCCACGACAGGUGUCCAGGUGUCAACUUGUCACGGCACCUUGCAGGAGAGCUUCACUCGCUUAUGAACCUUAUAAACACCUAUCAUGACCCCUGCUUGACCUCUGCUCUCAAAACCAUCAGCCACCGGGACGUCUGGCGGUAUUAGCACACAGAGUGGAGGAACGGAGCAUGUCGCCCUCUUGUGUUCGAACACAGCAACUGCAAACCUGUUUCACAGACUGUAGAGCGCUGACUCGGUGGAACCGUGUGCAUUCGUAAAGAUUUGAGAUGUUUUGCCUGUGCAGGAAUGACUUUGAUAUUUUAUGAGGGGUAUAUGUGUGUUUGCUUCAUAAUGUGAGCCACAGGUACAUGU